AUUUGUUUUAGAACGUUCUGUCGAAUUCUAGAGAAGCUCGCCAUCUUUGGAGACAACUGUCUAGAGAUAUUUCUCCGCCUUCUUUGUUCAUAUUUUUCAUAUAACUACUAAAUUUAGUGUCGCGAACCCCGUAGCUGUUUAAGGAAGAUGCGCCACUCCAAGCGAAUGCGCUCCCCAGGUGUCUGGCUGAAUGAGUACAGCUGGGAAGAGAGAAUGGAGCGUCGGAAGAGAAAGAAACGAGAUUCACACAGCAGUGAAAGAGAAAAUAAAUCCAGAAGAACCCACCGUCACCAAAAGACCUAUGAAGGGCACUUCCUGGAGACCCGCAGUUUGAACCAGAGGCUGGACUCUAGGGAAGGACAGACCCGGGACUGCAGUUUGGACAUGGCCUGUGAGGACAACAGCCGCGAUGCUACCUGCAGGGAAAGAGACCGUGACUGGCACCACUACAGCAAGUCUUCCGGGCGCAGUGGUCGGAGUGGUCGCAGCAGGCGAAGCAGCCGCAGGAACGGAGACAAAAGACGCAGACGUAGCCACUCUCGCCACAGGUCCUCCUCGAGGAGGAGCCAUCACCGCAGGAAAAGAUCCAGGAGUGUUGAGGAUGAUGGCGAGGGUCACCUCAUCUAUCACAGUGGAGACAUGCUGAGAGCGAGAUAUGAGAUUGUGUGUACUCUAGGAGAGGGUGCCUUUGGGAAGGUCGUUGAAUGCAUUGAUCACUCAAAUGAUGGAGCUCGAGUGGCUCUGAAGAUAAUUAAAAACAUAGACCGCUACCGUGAGGCAGCUAAGUCAGAGGUAGAGGUGCUUCAACAGUUGAAAACCCUCGACUCUGAUAGGAAAUAUGCAUGUGUGCACAUGCUGGACUGGUUCGACUAUCAUGGCCACAUUUGUAUCGCCUUUGAGCUGCUUGGCCUCAGCACGUACGAUUUCCUUAAGGAGAACAACUUCCAGCCUUUCCCCGUUGAACACAUAAGGCACAUGUCGUACCAGAUCAUCCGAGCUGUUCGAUUUCUGCAUCAAAACAAGCUGACUCACACAGACCUGAAGCCUGAGAAUAUUCUCUUCAUUGAUUCAGACUACGACUUGGAGUACAACCUUAAAAUGAAACGGGAUGAACGAACAUUGAAGAACCCAGAUGUGAAAAUAGUGGACUUCGGUAAUGCCACAUAUGAACAUGAGCACCACACCUCUGUUGUGUCCACACGUCAUUACCGUGCUCCCGAAGUCAUCUUGGAUCUCGGCUGGGAUCAUUCCUGUGAUGUCUGGAGUGUAGGUUGUAUCCUCAUUGAGUACUACCUCGGAUCAACUCUCUUCCAGACACACGACAGUAAAGAGCACCUUGCCAUGAUGGAGAGAGUUCUGGGCCCCAUUCCCACAAACCUCCUGCAGAAAACCAGGAAACAGCGGUAUGUCCACCGGAGCAAGCUGGACUGGGAUGUUCAAAGCUCUUCUGGGAGAUAUGUCAGGAAACACUGCAAACCACUCAAGCAUUACAUGAUGUCUCAGGAUGAAAACCACCACCAGCUGUUCGACCUCAUAAAGAAGAUGUUGGAGUAUGACCCAGCUAAGCGUCUCAGUCUGGAUCAGGCCCUCCGUCAUCCCUUCUUCUCAUGCUACCGCAAGAGCAGCAGAAAAAGCAGCAGAAGCAGCAGCAGCAGCAGCAAAAGAGACUGAGUCAACCUCUGACCUGUAACCUCGGUCCAGGCUCGGCUGUCACCAGGAUGUUUAUCAUGGUGCUCGGUGCCAGCCUCUACUUCCUGACUCUCCAGGAGAGGUGAACCUUAACUGACUGUAUCAGUCCACUGCCCUGCUCUGCUGUGUCCUGUCUUAAGCCAGUGUGUUUGUCCACAAAUCCACAAGUCAUGUUUUUUGUCUGUGAAAUGUUUCGGAGUAAUGAAUCCUUCAACCGAUUUCUAUUUAUUUGCCAUUGUAAUUUAAAUUGUAGAUUCUGAGCAUUCUGGUAGAGCUGGGUUUUUUUUCUUUUAAUUUAUGAUUUGUCCAAUUUUGUCCAUAUUCUCUGUGCAUUGUCAAGUAGCUGAUGGGUAAUGUAACAGACUGAGAAGUGCUUUACACUGCUUGUCUCACCAGUAAUUUAUUCAGAAUUGUAUUGUAAAAAGAAAUGUCAUUGCAGGCAGGAAACCCAUGUACAUAGUUCAGAUAUAUCUUUUUUUUUCAUUGACUUGUUGUGUAACUUUUGCAGUAUCAUGUACUUUUUUCUCAAUAAAGGUGAACAGACAUGAA